AGCUGGAGGUGCCAAGGGGCCAGAGUGCGCAGCACCGGGCAAAGAGCAUGACACCAGCAAGAAAAAUAGCGGCAGUCGCAGCAGCAACAAUGGCAGGUGUACGGCCGACACUCCCCCACGCUCCCAGACGACGCCCUCCUUCAGGAACAAUGGGAGACCGAUUCAGCAGAAGUCCCGCCCCAGUCGGGCAAGGACUUUGCAUUGCCUCUGCUGCCUCUCUCUCUCUCUCUCUCUCUCUCUUUUUUCCACUCGCCAUGUCAUGCACGCUCGAGACCUGCUUUCGAUCGACUCACCCGGUGCUGUUAUGCGUAUGUGCCUUGUGACCCCCUUUCAAAACGAAUCCUUCGAGUCGGUCGACGGCAGGUGUAAGGAAAGAGGAGGGGGAGGCGAGGGGUAUAAGUGCCGUUGUCUUUUCCUA